CCGGGUUAUUUCACACAAGACGCUCCUACUUUGCUUUUAACCGGUAAACCAUCCCUUCCAGGCUUCCACAGACGGAAGAGCAAAAUCUUCUAAAGUACGAAAACAAUUCUUGCAUGAACUAGAGACAUAAUUAGGGCUUGGAUACAGAGUUGAUGUUCAUAAAUGUCGUCGAUUCGGAGCACCUUAUUGACUAUUUUUGUAAUCCUCAUACUGAAAAAUUCAGAAUCAACGCCGCCUGGAGCUUACAGAAGAGAUCCAGGUCAUCCUCAAUGGCACCACAGUGCUUUUCAAGACGUUAAAGAUAGUGUCCGGUCUGAUGUUCAUCGUAUGCUCCAUUCUCGCGCCGAGGUUCCAUUCCAAGUCCCACUUGAAGUAAAUAUUAUCCUCAUUGGUUUCAGUGGAGAUGGAGGCUAUAGAUACACACUAGAUUCUCAAAAAUUGCAAGAGUUUCUUCAAGUUGGCUUCCCUACUCACAGGCCCUCAUGUUUGGAGACAGGCGAGCCCCUUGAUAUUGAGCAUCACAUGGUGUUUAAUGCAAUUCCAGUUGGACAGCCGGAAGUGAUAGCAUUAGAAAAGGCUCUGAAAGCAGCCAUGGUUCCUGCUGGCACUGCCAGAGAGACUGAUUUUGGAAGGGAAGUGCCUGUAUUCGAGAUUGAUGCAACAGUUGUGGAGCCUGAAUUUCAAAAGCUAUAUUCCUAUCUGUUUUACUUUGAGAAUAUUGGAUAUUCUGCUGAAGAGAUUGACAGACCAAUGCCAACUGCAAUUUUUAUUGUGAAUUUUGAUAAAGUUAGAAUGGAUCCCAGGAAUAAGGGUAUUGAUUUUGAUAGUUUAUUGUACCAAAAAAUUGAUAGGUUAACUAAAGAAGAUACAAAGAAACAAGAGGGAGGUUACAUAUAUCGUUAUCGUUAUAAUGGAGGAGGAGCAUCUCAAGUUUGGCUUGGUUCUGGAAGGUUUGUAGUAGUUGACAUCUCAGCAGGCCCAUGCACAUAUGGGAAACUUGAAACAGAAGAAGGAAGUGUUAGUUCAAAAACCCUACCCCGCUUAAGAAAUGUCAUGUUUCCACAAAACCCCACUGAUCAAUUCACCUCACAUGACAACUUUGUGGGUCAACUUGCUGCUUUGAUUGGGAUCAUAAUUGAGCAUCUUGUUGCUCCAGAUGUCAGGUUUGAAACUGUAGAUCUAGCAAUGAGGUUGCUUAUACCAAUAAUCGUCCUACAAAAUCACAACCGUUAUAAUAUAAUGGAAAAAGGCCACAACUACAGUAUAGACAUUGAAGCCAUUGAGAACGAGGUUAGGAACAUGGUACACAAGGGAGAAGAAGUAGUGAUUGUAGGAGGCUCACAUUUAUUACAUCUCCAUGAGAAAUUAGCAAUUGCUGUUUCAAAAGCUAUGCGUGGUCAUUCCCUACAAGAAACUAAAAAAGAUGGACGUUUUCAUGUCCAUACAAAGAUGUAUCUUGAUGGUGCCAUUCUUAAAGAGGAAAUGGAACGUUCUGCUGAUGUACUUGCUGCUGGAUUACUUGAGGUCUCUGACCCUUCGCUUUCUGAUACAUUUUUCCAACACCAGCAAUGGAUGGAUGAGAAUCAUGAGACAGAUGAACCCACUGAUUCAUAUCUGAAGCACAAACCUUUUCAGUCUUAUAACCCAAACACAUGGGGACAAAACACUAAAAAUGUCAAAAAGAAACAAGGGGACAUACAUCGGACUUAUGGAACAAGAGUUGUCCCAGUGUUUGUUUUAUCAUUAGCUGAUGUGGAUCCACAACUUAUGAUGGAAGACGAAAGCCUGUUGUGGACAAGUAACGAUGUUGUCAUUGUACUUCAGCAUCAAACUGACAAGAUACCUUUAAGUUAUGUAUCAGAAACAGAGAGAAUACAUGUAAUUCCAUCACAAGUAGAACGCCAUAUAAUUGCUGGACUUGCUUCAGUAGUAGGUGGAUUAAGUGCUCCAUACGAAAGAGUUUCUCAUAUUCACGAAAGACCCGUUGUCAAUUGGCUCCUUGCAGCUGGUUGUCAUCCAUUUGGACCAUUUUCCAAUGUCUCCAAACUUAGUCAACUCCUUCAAGAUGUCACAUUGAGAAAUACAAUUUACGCACGUGUAGAUUCCGCCCUUCGUAGGAUUCGAGAGAUGUCCGAGUCUGUGGAAGCUUUUGCUGGAAAGUACCUGAGAACCCCUUUAGGUGAACCAGUGAAGGGUAAAAAGAACAAGACAACCACUGAAUUAUGGGUUGAAAAAUUCUACAAAAAAGAAACAAAUUUACCCGAACCUUUUCCUCAUGAACUAGUCGAACGACUCGAGACAUAUUUAGAUAGCCUUGAGGAACAGCUUGUGGAUUUAUCUUCACUGUUGUAUGAUCAUCGUCUACAUGAUGCGUACAUGAACAGUACUGAUAUUCUAGAAAAUUCCAUUUUCACACAACAGUAUGUUGAACAUGUGCUGGAGAGUGAAAGGGAACGGAUGAGAUGUUGUAACAUCGAGUAUAAUCGAACGCCGCAGCCUUCUCAAAGUCUGUUUUAUGCGGCUAUCCUAUUUGCAGUGCCUAUGUUUUUGUCGUGUCUAUCUCUCUACCUCUGGAAGUUUGGAAUCUAGAAGAUUGCCACCUGUCAAGAGGCGGGUCUACUGCCAAAAAAGAUGUAAGUAAUAUGCAAACCCUAAAAAGUAAAAACAAUGAAAAUUCAAAAAACUGGAUCAAAACUUUUAAUUGAUGAAAUAAAUAGAUCUUGUAAACUAACAUCAAAAGAUUAUAAUAAUACUAAUAUUGAAUUCAUGUGUAUAUGUUUGUGGAGAAAUUGUUACUAAUACAGUGAUUAAUACACAUUUAAGAUUACUUUAUGUUGUGUGGAUGUAAUAC